AUGGCCGUGGCAUACAACAGAGCCGACAUGUUUGAAGAAUCGUAUGAGGAAUCCAAGAUCGCACUCGCCAUGUAUCGUUCAUUCAAGAUGUAUAAGGAUUGGAAAACGGUGCCGUACUACGCGUUUGAUGACGCUCGAGCCAGCUAUCAGGCCGCCGUCGACAUGUUCUAUGCCGCCAAUGGCAAUAAUUACAAGACCUCGCAGGCGCGGCUUAAGCUUGCUGAUCACAAGAUCCGCGAGGGUCUGCUGGAGGAAGCGUGGCAGGAUUACAAACUGGUGAUCGAGGCAUUUGAGCGCAACAGCCACUACAAGCGUGAGCUUGCUCGGACCGAAAUCAAAGCCGCGCGGCUUCAGACACUGAUGGACAAUUCGCUGCUUUCGGCCACUCUGAUCAAGCAGGCCCAGGCAUUACUUGACGAAUUGGGUGUUUCCGCCAGUGCCAGAUCAAUCACCGAGGCCGAGACGCCCAGGAUGGUGAGGAUUUGGUCUCGCUGA